AUUUUAUUGAUGUAUCAAGCCAUAUAAACCUAACUCUUCCUUUUUCUUUCAUUCUUUCCCCUCACGUCUGGGUGCCCUCCAGCGCCCCCAAGUUCCUUCGACCUUGCCCCUCCAACAAACAAACACCCUAACAACGACAUCACACUCAGACCCAAUCUUGGGCUUGAUACGAUCCACCACUUCAUGGCCUGACAACAAAACGCAACGCGCCCAAAUACACUCGAAUAGAUAGCGGCUCUACGUAUUGGCGCUCUUUGACACAUUUUUCUUGGUACUCUUGAAUUCGUCAUUACUCGACAUCGACUACGGGGAGCUUCAAGUCGCCAAACUCGGCCUUUGAAGGCACCAGGCAUCACAACAUGGUCCGAACUAGGGCGGCUGAACGACAAAGCGUUCCUGCAUCCUCCCGUCGCAACCUGUCGCAAUCUAUCACCACGCGUGCUACCCGAACAACAACACGUCCCAGGCGGUCGCAGAAGGCUUCCAUAAGUUAUAACGAGUCUUCUUCCGAAGAUGGAGACUCCGAACCAUCCCUGGCGGAGAGCGAACAGGAUGGAGAUGCCCAAUUCGAGACGCGAGCUCGCAGAACCAACGAGGCCAGGUCAGCAAAGACCGCACACGUACAAACUGGUAGAAGAUCGAACUCGCGGGACCAAACGAGGAAACGACCAAAGCCGGCACAGAAGAAAGGAAGCUUGAAGAAGCGACGAGUGUCUGCUGACGCAGAACCCGGGCCAAUACCCCAAGGCGUCAUUCCAGACUGGACAGACCCGCAGAUACCUUAUGCCGCCUGGACCGAUAUCUUCUACUAUGCAGCUAGUCAUGAUGACAUCGACGUCAAUUGGCUGAUAAACACUGCCACAACUUGUAAGGCAUUCUCAGAAGCCGCCUUGACAGCCAUUUAUCGUUCUCCGCCUCUGGUCACUGCUGGAAAGGCCAAACGGUUCGCGUCUCUGCUGGAUCGCCCACCUUCUGAGACUCGUUUCAAUUACCGUGCCAAGAUUGAGACUCUUUAUGUAGAUGUUCAUGUGUUGCCUCAAACGUUAUUACCAAGAAUCCUCCAUUUGCUUCCUCGCCUGAAAGAAGUCUUUCUCUUUACACAAUCUGAUCAGCCGCCUUACAGGCAACUGGAUCAAACAGUGAGAUGGCAAUAUACUGAAGAGAUAUUUGCCGCCUUCAGGCCAGCCGGAGACAAAGAGUCGCACACCGUGUUAAAAAGCUGGGAAUGGAGCGGAAGCCUGCUUGGAGGGCCUGUGGCGACUAUGAAGGAUGUUGCCCGUAUACAUCAAGAGCCUUCAUUUGCGCACCUCACCAAAUUAAGCCUCACCAAUCUUCAAGUCCCUUCGCUCUAUAAGCUGGGGCCGAAAGGCGGCAAUGAGGAGGAGGAACUGGCGCUGUACAAUGAAGAUGGGGCUGUCAUUGAUUCGCUCGCCGAGGCGAUUUCGCAAUUGAAAUCGCUACAACAUCUUAUGUUCGAGUCUUCAACUGUCAUGAACGAUCGGCUUCUUCCACUUUUGCCAAAGGACCUCACUCAUCUCUCACUGAUCAACUGUUGGGAGGUCAAGUCAGAUGAGUUUAUGCCAUUCCUACACACGCAUGGCCGACAUUUGCGCAGCCUGAACUUGUCACACAACCAAUCUCUAGACAUGGUCUUCCUAACCACUUUGGAAGCUGCAUGUCCUAAUUUAGAGGAAUUAUACAUGAACCUCUCGUAUUUCCGCCAUCAUGAAUCCCGGUCUUAUACCAACAAUGACGCUGAUCCUUUGUACGACCAAGUGCUAUUGCCGCAUCAAAAGCCAGAGUGGCCGUCAAGCCUCAGGAUCAUUGAUUUUGAGCAUAUACGAUAUUGGAGUGUUGAGACUGCCGAAAUGUUUCUCAAUUCCCUCAUUGAUAGUGCUGGUUCUCUGCCAAAUCUUCGACAUCUUGCGGUCAAGACGAUGCUCAACAUACCCUGGAAGGCCCGCGCUAAUAUGCGGCACGAAUGGAGGCGGAAGCUGGAUAAAGUCUUCCUCCGCCCAUACGAACCACCGCAAAGAAAGUAUUCACUUCGGCAGACACAAGAGGAAGAAGUGGAAGCAUCUACUCAGAUUUCGGAGAAAAAGAAGCAAAAGUCGAAAAGGCUGCCUGAUGGUCCAUCUCGGCGAAGCAGUCGUCUAGCGGCACAUGUUUCGGACUCUGAUUCAAGAAACAGCGCCAAAGGUCUCCGUAAUUCGCUUGGUCGGCCAACUUACGCCGAACCUGACACAGAUGAGAAUGAGUUCGAUUCUGAUGCAGAAGAUGAAGAAGCUGAGUCCGGUACUGCAGUCAGUCAGACUGGGGAUGAGGCCGAGGGUGAAAAGAAGCCUGUGCCGCUUACGAUUCAAGGACGGUGUACUACUGUAUCCAUUGUAUUCGAUAACCAAAAGCCCACUGAACUGCAGUACGGCAUGGAAGACUUUGUGGAUGAUGAUCGCGCUGAGUCGGAUGACGAGUGGGACGGCGACCAUGAAGAGGAUGAUGAUGCAGUCUUUGUCUGGCGUUAGCUGAGCAAAGACUUCUGUAUCAUAGCUGAUCACUUGGGAUCAGAGAAAUUGACCAAUUCCAGACUUAGAAUGCAACAUCUGCUGGCUCUGGAGUUCAUAUCAUAUUAGUAUUAGGAUAUAGCAUGAACGGUCUUGAAGCGGUUCAACUUGGGUUUUAUACUGAAGUGACAAAUGUUCCAUCUAGCCACGUCUUUUGAUCACAACUAUCAGCUAUACCAAUAUGCUGGCUCCUCUCAGGUACGCACGAAUCCUUGCAAAUCAUAGUGAGAACGGCUUGGUCCACAUUAUGAAUGCACCUCGGCUUGGCGCCAACUGGAGGGCAGUUCGUAACCUCUAAUCAUUCAUGCAAUUCUGUUGAAAUGUGGCCGUGUACCUUUUUACUUGAUCUUGCGGCAUAUGGCAACCGAGUCUAGGAACUGGAAGCUUGUUCAGAUGCAUGAAUUGCAGUCUGGCCCUGAAUGCAGUAUAAUUGUUUGUUCAAUCAGAAUCUGACGAAGCCACGGCUCAGUUUUUACGUCGACAUCACCGCGUGGACUGUUGGUAAAAUUCAAACUUGUCGAUUCUCCCUCGUUGGCUUGCAGGGCAACUUUGUUUCGUACUAUCGAGACUGUGUGGGGUGGUGCGUUUGGCUUACUGUAAGGUACAGAAGACUCAUGAAUGCUUGGUAUACGACACCCUGAUAAAUUGCAUGGCAAUUAGAACCUACAAUUCAGUUCAUGUUCGAGUUGUUUAAGGUAUUGGCAUUUCCAUGUGUUUGAAAUACUGG